UUUCACCCCAAUCCACGGGAAGUGGAAUCGAUAGAAGCAAAACACCAUCCACCAGACUUGCUACGAGAUGGAACGAUACCUGAAAGAUGAGCCAAAACUACAGACUUUCAAGAAGCUGCCAGCUGAUCUAGACACACCAUGGGACCUGUUUGCCACGCCCGGACCAAUUUCGGGCUGGAAAGUAGAAGUAGAUUCGUAUUGUUUAGAAGAGUUACACCUGAACGACAGGCACUCAGAUUCACACUCCAGUUCGUCAUCCUCCUCGUCGUCGCCUUGUUCCGGAUCUUGGGACAACAGUUCUGCGCUAAGUUGUGCGGUUGUGGUGAAAAAAGAACGUCUCGAUCCGGACGACGACGAUGGUAACAAUUCGGACAGUUACGACAACGACGAGCAAAGUGAAAAGUUCAGUAAAACCUUACACCAUCAUCAUCACCAUCACCACCACCAUCAUCACCAUCACCAUCAGAACGCGAUCGAAUUAAGGCUAGUGGCACGAGCGACGACCUCCGACCUUCUACCAACUCUAACGCCUCCCUCCUCACCCGAAUCGCAUCUUAGUAUAGGGAACAAAACCACCCAGACGACCUUGGCAGCAACAGUCAAAACGGAACCGGAAAUCGCACUACUCGACCAUCAGGGCGGCAUUCUGAGGGUAUCGACGGGGACGGGGACGACGCAUCUGCCACGAAAUGCCGCCAUCGUUCGAUUGACCACGUCCAGCAGUAAAAACGGAACCGUGGGGUUGACACGAGUGAUACAGGUCAGCAGUCCCCAGCUACAAGCCGCCAUCGCCCAGAGGAAUUCCAGCGCGUCACCCAGCUCGUCGCUAUCGUCCGUGACGAGUUCGAAACACCACCAGCGGCUGCACGAUCACAGUCCGGAUUCGAAACGACGGAUACAUAAGUGUCAAUUUCUUGGCUGUAAAAAAGUCUACACCAAAAGCUCCCACUUAAAGGCCCACCAGCGAACGCAUACAGGCGAGAAACCCUACAAGUGUUCCUGGGAGGGGUGCGAAUGGCGUUUUGCCCGCAGCGACGAACUGACGCGACACUACCGGAAGCACACCGGAGCGAAACCGUUCAAGUGCAGACACUGCGAUAGAUGCUUCUCCCGUUCGGAUCACCUGGCGCUGCACAUGAAGCGCCACGCCUAAAGAAUCCGCUUCCGGGCAACUUAAAGUAAACCUACCAACCCAACUGCCUUAGGCAUUUUUUAAAAAGCUUGGAGAAGGUAACAAAGUGAAACAAUGAGCUUGUUUGCAUCAACCGUCAUCGAAGAUUUGAAAAAAAAAACAGAAACCGAUAUAAGCUAUCAUUUGCCGGAAACGGAUCUUGGAUCGGGGUAAGGGAUUUCGAAGAAUGUCUGUCUUGAGUUCCAUCAUUUCGCGAUUGGAUGGCGUUUGGGAGGACAGACGCAAGAAGAUAAAUUAUGCCUGAAUUACCCACUUUGUCAUUGUGAACGUCAGCAUCAUCUACGUCAACCCAAAGCAAACACACAUCAUUAUCUAGCAAAGUUUUCUCAUUAGACUAUUAUACACCAGGACGUAAGUUUAUAGAAAUUCGAGUGAGAAGGAGCUAAGGGCAAUUUUACAUGAAAUCUUUUUAAGAAAAACACUGAGAAAGAAAAACAAAAGUAAACUGGACACAUUUGUGCAGAUUCCAGGCAUUUUCGUAAACAAGUAUUGAAUUUUAUUGGUAGAAAAUAAUAGUAAUAGAACGAGCGGGCGAAGAGAUGUCCCUUAGUAUUUUAAUUAUCUGUAGAAUUCAACAUCAUCACUCAUCAUCAUCGUCUGUCACCAAUUCAAAAAAAAAUCGCAUUUCUCCUUCCGGAUCCACAUGGUUAUAGGGGAAUUUUUUAUUUGUGUAACUACUCUUAAAACGGUAUUAGAUAAGCAUUUGUUGUUAUUACGGAAAUCCAAACAUUCUUUGCACUAGAAUCUAAUAUUACCAGAAGUGGCCAUUUUAGCAUGUAUUUGUUUGUUUUGUUCUUUAUUAAGAUUUUUUAUUAUCGUCCAUUUAUAAGUAAGAAACAAUAUUUCAGUCGUUAAUAAAAAAAAGGCUCAUCUAUUUUUUUUAACGAGAAAAAAAAAACAAGAAAUGUCCAUGGAAGAACACAAACCAAUUAGUAAGUAACACACUAUGAAAGAAAACAUCACUGCCAAGAAAACAUAAACACACGCAAGCACUCACACACACACUCAUACACAAAAAACAUUUUCAACAUGAUUGAAUAAAGAAUUUCCGAGCACUUUACUGUUUAUUUUUAAAUUAAUACGUCUCAUGAUUUUGAAAGCUAAGCAAAACAUAAUUUAUACGUAUAUAUAGUGUCUAUGCAUUGGUUAGCCUUCAAUCUUUUAAAAGUCAAUCGAGGAUUUCGUGAAAAAAAUCUCUUAAAGAAAUGCUUCUAAACUAAGCCAAGAAGACAUUGAAUGUUCAUUUUUGCAUAUUUGCGAGACUCGAACCAAACGAUUGUUUGAUUUGAUGUGCAGAGCUUUGUUGGUUUUUGAGUU